AGUGUGUGAAGAGCCGGCUGGGAGCUCGGCACUGGGGAGGAGAUGAGGCCUGUUCCCGGCUCUUACUCCUCACAGCGUUUUCGGUUACCGUGUGCUCCGCAAGCCACAGCGGAGGAGGGAUGAGGGCUUCGGGCCUGCGGAGGAGACGUCUUCAUGGAAUCCGCUAAAAGAAAGCGCCGGAGAAGUCCCGGAGUGCGGCCUCUGAGAGAACGGGUCCCCGCCCCCCUCCUCAACGUGCAGCCAGUCAACGGCACACUCAAGCCCGAGGCCCCGGAGGAGGAGGUGGUGGUGAGUAGCAGGCCUCGGCGGCCUCGAUACAGUCUCCUGACCGAGAUAGGCCGCGGAAGUUAUGGGGUGGUGUACGAGGCUAUUGCCCGGAAGAGUGGGGCCCGGGUGGCCGUCAAGAAGAUCCGCUGUGACGCCCCGGAGAACGUGGAGCUGGCCCUGUCCGAGUUCUGGGCCCUGACCAGCCUGCGCCGCCGGCACCCGAACAUCGUGCGCUUCGAGGAGUGCGUCCUGCAGAGGAACGGCCUGGCCCAGAAGAUGAGCCACGGCAACAAGAGCAGCCAGCUGUACCUGCGCCUGGUGGAGACCUCCCUGAAAGGGGAACGUAUUUUAGGUUACACCGAAGAAGCUUGUUACUUAUGGUUUGUCAUGGAGUUCUGUGAAGGAGGAGACCUCAACCAGUACGUCCUAUCCAGGCGCCCAGACCCAGCCACCAACAAAAGCUUCAUGCUCCAGCUGACAAGUGCCAUUGCUUUCCUGCACAAAAACCAGAUCGUUCACCGGGACCUGAAACCGGACAAUAUCCUGAUCACAGAGCGAUCUGGCUCCCCGGUGCUCAAAGUGGCUGACUUUGGCCUUAGCAAAGUGUGUGCUGGACUCGCCUCCCGAGGGAAAGAGAGCAAUGGGGGAGGAAGCAACGAAAAUAAGACUGUCAAUGUCAACAAGUACUGGUUGUCAUCGGCCUGUGGCUCGGACUUUUACAUGGCUCCCGAGGUAUGGGAGGGACACUACACAGCGAAGGCAGACAUAUUUGCCUUAGGCAUCAUAAUGUGGGCCAUGAUCGAACGGAUCACCUUUGUGGAUGCAGAGACCAAGAGGGAGCUGCUGGGGACCUACAUAAAGCAGGGCACUGAGAUUGUCCCUGUGGGGGAAGCGCUGCUAGAGAACCCAAAGAUGGAACUUCACAUCCCACAGAAACGCAGGACUUCCAUGUCUGAAGGUAUCCGACAGCUGCUUAAAGACAUGCUGGCUGCUAAUCCUCAGGAUCGGCCAGAUGCGUUUGAGCUGGAGACCCGGAUGGACCAAGUCACUUGUGCUGCUUAAAGCACCCUUUUUAGUUUAAAGUGGGAUCAAGACUUUUGUUCUGUAUUACCAAGACCUGGAAAUGCUGAUGUCCUUCCCUUCUCCUGCCCUAUGCCUGCUUGCACCGGGAUUUCUCUCUGGAGAUUAGAUCACCUGUUAUGUUCUAGAAUAAAACAAUGGCUCCUCUGC